CGUUUAGAAAUUAAGGGCAAAGAAAGGCAGCUGGGAUAUAGCUAAAACUAAGAGUCAUAAACAUCAAACAUGGCUUCUCGGAAGCAAAAGAAGGCAGCUCGAUAUGACAAGCUCCGUGACGUUCCCAUCUCUACUGCUAUGAGUAAAACUUCAAUCAUUGUAGAUGCAUCUAAAUAUAUAGAAGAGCUGAAGGAAAAAGUGGAAAGGCUGAACCAAGAGAUAGGAACUUCUCAAGCAUCUGCAACUUCCCAAAAUCAAUUACCUAUGCAGGUUACAGUGGAAACCCUAGAAAAGGGUUUCCUUAUUAAUGUCUUGUCAGAGAAGAAUUGCCCUGGUUUGCUUGUUUCGAUACUGGAAGCCUUCGAAGAAGUGGGCCUUGAUGUGAUUGAUGCUAGGGUUUCAUGCGAAGAUAAUUUUCAACUGGAAGCAGUAGGAGGAGAAGAAAAAUGGUGAUUUUGAGGGACUAAAAAAGAAAUUAUGUCAGUGAGAAAUGAUUUUUACAGCUAAAGAUAUCAAAAACAAGUUUGAAAGUUGAAGAAUACAGAGGUCAAAUUGCGCAUAACUUGCCGCAUAAGUUGUACAGUUCUGCAUAGAGAGAAGAAACAAUUUUUCCAUUCCUGCCGAAAUCUGCAUAAGUCACUGCAUGACUUAUGCAGACUUACUCUUUGCUUAUGCAGCUUCACACAGAGGGCCCAAAAACCUGCCGAAAACUGCAUAAGGGACUGCAUAACUUAUACAGUUUCAUAGAGUCUUCAUAAUGAGCUGGCAGAAGAUUCUCUCAUGAAAACUACACCUCAAACACACCAUAUUAGGGCUACUUGUCAGAAAAAGAUAUAAAUAGGCCCUUAUCUCAUUUUAGAAAGGGAGGAGAAGACAAAAAGGAGCAGCAGCAGGGGAAGAGUCAGAAAACAGAGCAAAAUGUCAUCUCUCCAUUUCUAGACCAGAUUUGGAGUUUUCUUCCCUUCUUCCCUUUUUCCUACCUUUCUUGUAUUGGGUUUCUGAGUUCUUAGCUUAGGUUUUAGAUUUAUUUCUAUAUUAACUCAUAAUUUCUUGUAAAUAUUAUGGAUAGUGAGUAGUUUUCAUUAGAUUCUGGAGUGGGGAUGUAAUGUUUGAGAUAUUUUAUGGAUUUUGAUUGGGUAAUCCAUAUUUUGUGGUUUUAAUAAAGUUUUAUUAAUUUCUUGU